UAAGCUCCCCAUCUGCAUAAUUUACAGAAAGCAGCCCUGGGGCCUGGUCAAGACUUUCAUUGAGAGGAACUCGUGGAGUGGCCUGGAGGAUUACUUCAAGCAGAUGGAGUCUGAUCUAAUGAUGGAAGAAAACAGUUCAGGUUCCUCAUUAGCCGAGGCUGGAAAAUCCAUGAGGAGAAGGAGAAGGAAUCAGAACCGCAGCCUGGGGGAGAACCUUCCCAAACAUGGCAGCCAACAUGAUCCAACACACAUGGGACUAGAUAUGAGGAGUGAUCAAACAGGCAGGAAAAGAGGUGCCGAGGGAAGGAACACUAGACUGGUACUAGUAAUGAGUAUCUUCCUGGUUCUGUUGGUCCUACUCAAUGUCACCCUGUCAAUUUUAUUGAUGCCCAUAGACUUUAAUGGGCGUCGGCGACAUUUCGCAGGCAGCGAAUAUUUGGAGAGAGACGAAUCGGCUACAUCCUACUAA